ACUAUGCACCGCGCCAGCCCCGGCCGACUGACGAGACUGACCCGGACUUAGGCGUUCCGCCUGGCCUGGCGGCGAGGAAAAAAGGCAAUUUUGAAGCAUUUUGUGGCAAAAGGAGUAAGAGACGGCUGCGGAAGCGUCUACUACAUUCAGGGGACCUGGAGGGCUUACAGAUAUCCGCAAUGAACAAUGAAAAGAAAUUGUGAAAGAAAGCGCUUCCCUCAAGCCGGAACCAAUUAACUUCUGAGUCACGUGGUGCGCACGCGCCAAAGGCGCACGAUAAAGGAAAACGCGGGCUUAUCCUCCCUUUUAAAAUCCGGCUUGGUGAGCUUGGGACGCCUCCUGAAGGAGAACCAUUUUCCAUCUCUUUCAUAGCUUUCCCCCAGUCAGCGUGGUAGCGGUAUUCUCCGCGGGAGUGACAGUAAUUGUUUUUGCCUCUUUAGCCAAGACUUCCGCCCUUGUUCAAGAUGGUGGUUGAGCGGCCUUCUUAACCUUUACGGGGCCUGGCGGUGCUGACGCCUGAGUUGGUAGGGGUGGAGCAGGUAGGAAACAGCAAAUGCAGAAGCUGCUGCGCGAGAGUCGGCCAUGGACUGGAAAGAAGUUCUUCGUCGGCGCUUAGCGACGCCCAACACCCGUCCAAACAAAAAAAAAAGUGAACAAGAAUUAAAAGAUGAAGAAAUGGAUUUAUUUACAAAAUAUUACUCCGAAUGGAAAGGAGGUAGAAAAAACACAAAUGAAUUCUAUAAGACCAUUCCCCGGUUUUAUUAUAGGCUGCCUGCUGAAGAUGAAGUGUUACUACAGAAAUUAAGAGAGGAAUCAAGAGCUGUCUUUCUACAAAGAAAAAGCAGAGAACUGUUAGAUAAUGAAGAAUUACAGAACUUAUGGUUUUUGCUGGACAAACACCAGACACCACCUAUGAUUGGAGAGGAAGCGAUGAUCAAUUAUGAAAACUUUUUGAAGGUUGGUGAAAAGGCUGGAGCAAAGUGCAAGCAAUUUUUCACAGCAAAAGUCUUUGCUAAACUCCUUCAUACAGAUUCAUAUGGAAGAAUUUCCAUCAUGCAGUUCUUUAAUUAUGUCAUGAGAAAAGUUUGGCUUCAUCAAACAAGAAUAGGACUCAGUUUAUAUGAUGUCGCUGGGCAGGGGUACCUUCGGGAAUCUGAUUUAGAAAACUACAUAUUGGAACUUAUCCCUACUUUGCCACAAUUAGAUGGUCUGGAAAAAUCUUUCUACUCCUUUUAUGUUUGUACAGCAGUUAGGAAGUUCUUCUUCUUUUUAGAUCCUUUAAGAACAGGAAAGAUAAAAAUUCAAGAUAUUUUAGCAUGCAGCUUCCUAGAUGAUUUAUUGGAGCUAAGGGAUGAGGAACUGUCCAAGGAGAGUCAAGAAACAAACUGGUUUUCUGCUCCUUCUGCCCUAAGAGUUUAUGGCCAGUACUUGAAUCUUGAUAAAGAUCACAAUGGCAUGCUCAGUAAAGAAGAACUCUCACGCUAUGGAACAGCUACCAUGACCAAUGUCUUCUUAGACCGUGUUUUCCAGGAGUGCCUCACUUAUGAUGGAGAAAUGGACUAUAAGACCUACUUGGACUUUGUCCUUGCAUUAGAAAACAGAAAGGAACCCGCAGCUCUACAGUAUAUUUUCAAACUGCUUGAUAUUGAGAACAAAGGAUAUCUGAAUGUCUUUUCACUUAAUUAUUUCUUUAGGGCCAUACAGGAACUAAUGAAAAUCCACGGACAAGAUCCUGUUUCAUUUCAAGAUGUCAAGGAUGAAAUCUUUGACAUGGUAAAACCAAAGGAUCCUUUGAAAAUCUCUCUUCAGGAUUUAAUCAACAGUAAUCAAGGAGACACAGUAACCACCAUUCUAAUCGAUUUGAAUGGCUUCUGGACUUAUGAGAACAGAGAAGCUCUUGUUGCAAAUGACAGUGAAAACUCUACAGACCUUGAUGAUACAUGAUCUCUGAAAGACUAGACUGUCUUAUAUUAAGAGAUACUUGAAUGCUGCAUGUAAAGCCUUUAAAGCAAAAUCCUCAGAAUGGUCUAAAUAAAACACUUGAUAUGCCUAGAGAACACA